UCCGAGAGAAGAGGGAAGUUCAGUUUGUUUACAUCGCAAGAAGAAACCUGUCUGAAGACUAGACACAAAUGGAUUAACUAAACGUCUGCUCUUUGGAGAUUUCAUUUUGAUGAGUGAUUCUUACAUAUGACCUGAGUCCAUUGGGAAGCAGCACAAUGUCUCAGCUGCAGCAGCGGACCCAGCCCCCGUUGGACGUCCCGGCGCUGCAGUUCUGGCUUGACAAAGCAGUGGCUUGGGGCCAGGCUGACAGGCCCGACACUCUGAAAGACACCUGCCUGCACAUGAGCAGACUGAAGGAUUACCUCCAGCAACUUCUCACACAUAUCAACAACAUGAGCUCCACAUCAGAGACCAUGAAGAGGCUGCCUCUCCUGGGCCAGUUCCUUGGCCGACUCUGCUGGAACCCUUGUGUGACUGCUGAUGCUCCGGGGAGAUGGCUGUUGUUUCAGUGUCUGUGGGGACUGUACUCGGAGCAUCCAGGCGAUGCUGUGGAAACAAAAGCAAAUCAGUGGAUACGGCUUCCACUCCAAGACAAGAGUGCCGGGAAACAAAAACAAAACAACCUAUUCACCACGGCUCAUCCCAUCUGGGGGAGCAGUGCAGAUAAGGUGCUGUGUCAGCUCGCCACAGAAGAAGACGAUGCUGCAGCGCAGGCAUUAAUGAAGCGAACGGGUGUACCACCUAAAGAGUACCAUGUCAAAGUACUUAGGAAGAUGGUGGCAAUGCUGCAGGAAAACAUUGGGAAGAGCUGCAGUUCUUUGGUCGACAUUAAUCACAGGUGUUCGUGUGACAACCUUCUGGCAGCGUCAGAGGCUUGUGUCCCCCUGAUCUCUCUCCCCGAGGCGGCUCCUCUCAUCAGAGCUCUGUUGCAGCAGCCAGCAACUUGUGUCAGGGCAGCACUCAGUCAAGACUUCCUGGACGCUCUGACCUCUGCCUACUCCAGAAAAUGCGUGUUAUUGGAGGAGCAGGAAGUAGUCUCUCUGUGGUAUCAUAGCCUGUCCAGUCUGGAGGAGGCAGUGCUCAGUUUGCUGGAGUGUGUUCUCCCCGACACAGGGUACACACCACAGGAGCUGAAGCGGCAACUGGCACAGUCCUUGCUGCCUAAAGCCUGUGCUCAACACUGCUCCAUAUUUCUGGUUGUGAACGACAUCUUCAGAUCCUUCCUUAAGCAAGCUGAAGGGAAUGAGUCCGUCAAGUAUCUCAUCCAAACCUUUUCCAGCUGUUUCUUCAGGGAACGGGCUCUACUGCAGCAUAAGACGAGUGGUUCUUUGAAGGCCUUGUUCCCACAGUCACCUCAGAGUCAGCUGAUUCCUCUUUGGACCCGGCCGUCAGAGAUGCCUCAGGAGGCUUGGCGACAUCACCUGAACUGGCUCAGCUGCUCCUUACAGAGACUGACCGAGGAGGAAGAGGAGGGAGAUGAAGACGGAAGCAGAAGCACCAGGGGGCACCUCAGGGUGUUUGAGGCCUGGUUCCUGCUGAUCCAGUGUGCCCACUGGGUGCAGGUGGCCGUCCAGCUGCUGGCCACAUCGCAGCCUGAGGACUGCGGCCCCCCCCUGUGGCUGCUCACCUUCUACCACCACCCCACCAACAGAGGGCACCACAGAGCGUCCCAGCUGGUACAUGCCAAAGAAGCAUGGGACCACCUACGCUCUCUGUUCUUAGCUCAUCCUCUUCCUGUUGACCGCGUGCAGUCAUUGGUCACUCUGCUGUCCCCAAAACCUCAGCCAACAUCACCGUCACCCUUUUUGAUUCUCAGUCUCUUAGUCAACUUCUGUGUUUUCUUCCAACAAUCGCUGAGUGGGUCAACAGAGAUUCUACAAACGGUGGUGAACCGGUCUGGUCUGGUUAAUGAAGCCGUGUGUGUUCUCAGCUCACUGGAGCUCAGACUCAACGAAGAUAGCUGCUUAUCAAGCGACACCAACAGGGUUCAUCUCAGGAUCAAGGCACUUCAAAACACACUAACACAUAUGUGUGCAGCAUUGAAUCCUGCCAACACACACACACACACAAACAUUACACAGAGCCACGCAGCAGUGAGUUCAUCCUCGACGCAGGUUUUCUCAGGGCACCUUUGCAGAAUGACAAAUAGCCAGGCUCUUGUCUAGAUGUGCUGCGGUGCGGUGACAGGAGUGUGUCAAAACAACACAGCAGGGACAGAUUAUGUGGAGAAGCUACAAUUAUAUGCGCAGACCACACACACACACACACUCACAAAACUACAAGGACACUUGAGCAGUGACAGAUCACACUAUAAAGAAGCAGCAGCUCGUACAUUGUGUUGAAGUCCUCCCACUCAUAAAAUUAGCUUACCAAAAAGAAUCCUUCACAUUAUACAUGCUGACUGAAAGACAUUUGUUUUUGGAGAAAAGGAAAAAUAAUUGCCACUUAUCUUUGUAUAAAUACUAUUUGUUUUCAAAUGUUUCUAUUGAUAAGAUAUUCAAAGAGUACUUUAAAUAUGAUAAAAUAUAAAUAAAUGGAUGUCACUUC